AUGGCACCUGGCCCCUCGUUAUUAUCACAGCUGUCGCCAUUCGCCAUGGGUUGCUGCCUGUCCAGCACGGCAGUGGAGCCGUCCUCGUCGUCACUCCAUGCCGCCACGUCAGCAUCGCUUCCCCCUCACAAGCACGUCAAGGACCCCAUGCUGACGUCAGCGACCAAG